AGCUUGUUCAGCUGCUCGUCGAAGCGGCUGUCGGACGGUCGCCUCUCAGCGAGUCUGCGUACGAUGUAGCGGCCAUUUUUGUUCUAAGUUCAUAAUAGCGUGCGCAUAUUUUAAUGUAUUUCGAGGGACUUUUAGGCAAUUUUCACGAUGACUAUAAUAGUUUUCCUAAUAGAUACUUCAGCCUCUAUGAACCAAAGAGCUUAUUUGGGCGGACGCCCAACGUUGCUCGAUGUAGCCAAGGGCGCUGUGGAAACGUUCGUAAAGGUUCGUCAACGUUCCCCCGAAAGCAGAGGCGACAGGUAUAUGCUUCUAACUUUCGAAGAACCACCCGCGAACAUCAAGGCUGGUUGGAAAGAGAAUCUUGCUACAUUUAUAAAUGAAUUAAAGAAUCUGCAAUGUCUGGGCUUGACUACAAUGGGUGCAGCAUUGAAGCAUGCCUUUGAUGUUCUAAACAUAAAUCGCAUGCAGACCGGGAUUGACACAUAUGGACAAGGAAGAUGUCCAUUCUAUCUGGAACCUUCUGUUAUUGUUGUUAUUACUGAUGGAGGGAAACUUUCAAGUAAUGCUGGCAUUCAGGAAGAGUUCAACCUGCCAAUGAAUUGCCCUAUACCGGGGUCUGAGUUGACUCGCGAGCCAUUCAGAUGGGACCAAAGAUUAUUUUCGUUGGUGCUUAGGCUAGCUGGAACGCCAGCUGUGGAGAGAGACACGGGCCUUGUGCCGUCCGAUUCAUCACCAAUCGACGCGAUGUGCGAAGUUACAGGCGGUCGUUCGUACUGUAUUACUUCACACCGUAUGCUGAUGCAGUGCAUCGAUAGUUUGGUUCAAAAAGUGCAAAGUGGAGUGGUAAUCAACUUCGAGAAGAUUGGCCCCGAUCCACCGCCCAUUGACGGCGCUAACAGUAGAGAGGGCGAACAAGAUGACGCGAACCACGAGGGGGACAAAGAAAUGGAAGGCGAUGGCGAAAGGAAUGGACGUUGGAACAGCGGCCAGUACCAAACGCAGAGCGGAGCUCCUCAAGCGUGGCAUUCGUGUCGACGUCUCAUCUACGUACCAAGGACGGUGGCUCAGAAAGGUUUCGCCGUCGGCUUCUGGCCUAUACCGGAAUCAUUCCGAUCAGACCCUAAUGCUCAAACAUUGCCACCUCGUUCGGCGCACCCAGUGGUAAAGUUCACAUGUUCGAGCCAGGAGCCCAUGGUCAUAGACAACCUACCUUUCGAUAAGUACGAGUUGGAGCCCAGCCCAUUGACACAGUUCAUAUUAGCCAGGAAACAACCUACCAUCUGCUGGCAGGUAUUUGUAGCCAAUAGUGGUUGCAAAAAUUCCGAAAUAAACCACCCGUUCGGUUACCUAAAGGCAUCUACGAACUUGACGUGUGUCAAUUUGUUUGUGUUACCAUACAACUAUCCGAUGCUACUGCCUCUUCUAGACGACCUGUUCAAGGUGCAUCGGUGCAAGCCUACUCCAGAGUGGAAGCUUGCCUUCCAGCAUUAUCUUGAUAGAAUGCCUACUUACUACGCUGUGCCACUUCGUAGAGCAUUAACAAAAAUGGGAGCAUCUGCACAACUCCUACAAAGUAUCCUACCUGACUCGCAAGACAACUCUCUCAGUUUCUCAGUAUUGAACUAUCUAAAAAGACUGAAAAAUCAAGCUAAAGUUGAAUUCGAGAAACUCUGUGCCGACGUCAUUAACAAAUCCUCCAGCAACAAUACACAGAAGGUAGCAGAAAGCGUAAGAGUAAUGCCGAGGUCACCACUGCGAAAGGACCUCACGACACAUCCAUGUUUACAAGACAAGUUUUCGGCGCUUCGGGAUCAGUUGAACGAAUUUGGUGGCUUCGUUGUGGGACUGUCUCGAGGCAGGCACAAGACACAAGCGCACACCUAUAGGAAUCCUUUCGAUAUACAGAGAAGAGAUUUAUUAGAUCAGGUGGUAAGAAUGCGAGCAAACUUCCUCCAACCGUCGCUAGCGCACACUCGUUUAGUCGACGAAGACAGCGUGCACUCAAUGCCGGUUGCCCAAAUGGGUAACUACCAAGAGUACCUGAAACGUAUGACGCCUCAGUUACGGGAGAUCGAGUCGCAGCCUGUACGACAACAUAUGUUCGGCAACCCCUUCAAGAUAGAUAAGCGCAUGAUGGUAGACGAGGCGGACAUGGACCCAGUGGGCGCGGUGCGGGGCGGCGGCGGCGGCGCGGGUGGUAAACGGGGGGCGGAGGGCCCGCGCGCCGCGCCUCCCAAGCGGAAGGCCGGCCCGCUGCCGCACCACGUGGUGGCGCGCCGCCCCUCCGAGCCCACCACGCCGCCUCCCUCACCCGCACCCGCCCCCUCCCCAACGCCGCCCAAAGCCCCUGUUGCACCUCUUUCACCUGUCACCACGAGACGACCUGCGUCUCCGUUAGCGCCCGUUCCAUCUGAUCUACCAUCCGGACGGCCUCCUGAGGAGCCUCCAAAUAUGGAUACGGGUGGUCCCGCAACAGGUCCCGCGUCGCCGCCUGCAUCGCCACCCGCUGUAGCUGCACCUCCCAACUUACCACCUGUUGUGAAACCUUUCCUCAAUGGAGACGCAUACACAACAAUGGGUACUAAAAUGCCGAGGUCACCGUCGCCGCCGCCACCGGAGCCGAUGCCUCCCCCUGUAGUACCAAUGGCGCCCGUCGUAUUGCACGACUCGCAGGAACUGCAGAUCAACGCCAUUUUACAGGGAGUCGCUGCCGAGAACAACUCCAACGCACGUUCUAGGAAGAGGAAACGAAAGAACGACAAAAUACAGUUGACGAUGCCCCCUCAACUGACGCGUAAAGAGCUCGCAGAUAUAAAGAAGCACAACUUAGAUGUACGGACAGAAGUCUUUCGCGCGGUUCGGCGACCUGGCAAAGAUUACUCGAAGUUAUUUGAACAUUUAAAACAAUUACAAGGUGGUGUGGACGUUAAAAAGGAAGUGAUACGCGAAGUUAUAAACGAAUCUCUAAGGUUCAAGCGUAAGGCCCUCGCCAAACUUUUGGAAGACUUUUUAGCGGGACUAGAGAAAAACGGAAGCAGUGCCUCAAUUAGUAUGAAGAGAGUUAACAACUCAGUGAUGUACAGUAAUGCUAAUAACCACAGCUAGUAAAGUGAGUUUAGUGGACAUUUUAAUGUGAUUGUUGACUGGCCACAUUUGCUGUUCAAAGUCAGGAACUUGGUUCGUCGUAGACAAUGGACACAAGCAUGUGCUGUUAUGAUAUUAAUUUCUGUGUUUAAUUUAAUGGUACCAAGCCAGUGUAUUGUUACUUUACCAAUAAUGAUCAUGUUCAAUGAUUUUGUAUUGCGAUUCCGCCUGGUAAGUAGUCAGUGUACAGUAUAAUAUAACACGAGAUGCGAUGUUAAUGAUCUCACGAGCCCGACAGCAACUCACUGUCGAGCGCAUAGGUACUGCAUAUUGUAUGCGAAUCAUUUUGUUUGUAAGAAACAGAAUACUUUGUCAAUCUGUAUGAAUCUUAUAAAAAACUGAUGGAGUAUAUUUAGAAGUCCUGUAAUUAUAGUAGAGCAUUUUAACAUUCAUCAACCAAUGUCAUAUCAUUAUUAUCUUCAUUAAUUUCAAAGGCAUUUUCGUUCAUGCAUUACAGCCAUGUCUUGCUGAUUUGUAACAAAGUUUAUUGACCAAGGAACGUGAAUAUGUGUCGGCCAAAACUAACAGUUUUCCUGUCAUUUUGGUAUUUUGUGUCUUACACAUAAAAAUGUAUUAAAGCAAUAUAACAUUUGAUUUUAUUAUCACAUAUGUGUCUUAUUCAAAAUGGCAGUAAAAUCGUGAGUUCCAUGUUGUAAAUAAAAUUGUACAUAUUAUUAGAAUGUUAUAGUUAUUACCAAUGGAAUGUAUGUGUAGGAUGCUUUUACGCAUCGGUCACUGCGACUGUUAAUGUGGCUGGAUGAACCCGACAGAGAUAGAUAUUAAAAUAUAUAUUAUUAAUAGAAUAAUGUAUCCAGGAAUGCUCAUACAUUUUAUGGACCUAAUGAAUUUAAUAAAGACAUUUAUAUAAAAUUUUAGUAUUGUCAUUAUUGACUCCAUUGACUCCAAUGGACAUUUUAAAUGUUGACAUCAUUAAUGGUGUUAUAUCACGAAAAUACGCUUCGUCACGGUUCUACUGUGUCUCACGAUUUUGUGGACAUAAGGUACCAAAGGGUAGUUUAUUUUGGAUGUUCUUUAUCAAGAAAUAGCAUCAUUACAUAAAAAGAGAACUGUGAUACUCGAAAUUUUAAAUUAUCGGAUAUUAUGGGGAUGGUCUACCGCCACAUUAACACGAGUUCGGUCAAUUUGUAAAGUGUAAUAUAUCAUUUUUUAAAUAAAUUAUGAUCCUUAUUGGAUUUUUA